AUAUGUAAUGCAGCGAGUCGAUGACGAGCGUGGAGCCAGCGCAGAUGGUGCAACACUGAGUUGUCCGCAGUCGGGCAGGCCGAGCGCUGAUUGGCCGGCUGUCUCCGAACCCUGAUGUCGCGAUCCAAAAUUUUGUGGCGCGUUCGCAGUAUAGCACUGACGCACCAGCCUGCAGUCACGCUUUGGUACCGGCGUCCUGGGUUUUUGAGUCUGUCUUCCCUGCAAUCGCAUACGCUCACCGGCACCACCAUACGCUCCUUGUUGCCCAGAGUCUUCGGGGGCACGCUCGCUGUCCCCGCGGGAGUCCUCAGACCGUCGAGACGGCUGUUUGCGACUAUGGCCGAGACAGCCCCGGCACAGAGAAACGGAAUGGCGACGUCGAACGGGAAAAAGACUAAACUGCAUGGACGGGCGUUCUACGAGAGCAUUGGCAGCCCAAAGCUCAUCCUGGCGCCCAUGGUCGAGCAGUCCGAGUUCGCUUGGCGACUGCUCUCGCGCUCCUUCCUCCCAGAAUCCCAGAAGAAGGACCUGCUGGCGUACUCGCCCAUGUUCCACUCGAGGAUGUUCGGCGAGAAACCAAACUACCGCGACGCCCACUUCCAGCCGCUCAAGUCGACGAUCCCCUCGCCGCCCGACUCGUACCAUGUCUCACAGCUGCCGGACUCGGAGAGACACCUUGAUGGAAACCCCGCAUUCGACCGACCGCUCACCGUGCAGUUCUGCUCGAACGACCCGGACGACCUGCUCACGGCCGCGAAACACGUUGCGCCGUUCUGCGAUGCGGUGGAUCUGAAUCUGGGCUGUCCGCAGGGCAUUGCGAAGCGGGGCAAAUACGGCGCGUUUCUGCAGGAGGACCAGGCCUUGAUUGCGCGGAUGAUCAGGAAGUGCCACGAGGAGCUGGACGUGCCCAUCACAGCGAAGAUGCGCGUGCUCGAGACAAAAGAGAAGACGCUGGAGUACGCAAAGACGCUGUUGGAUGCCGGUGCAAGUUUCAUCACAACUGGACGUUCAUCCGCUACCCUCCGCGAAAAUCUGCCCAAGGAGACGGUCAUCUUCGCGAACGGCAACAUCCUGCAGCAUGACGACAUCAAGGCGUGUCUGGACGCUACAGGCGCAGACGGCGUUAUGAGUGCUGAAGGCAACCUCUACGACCCGACCAUCUUCGCAGAACCACCCCCAGUAGGUGCGGAGGGGCGCGAGUACUGGCGUGGAAAAGACGGCAAGGGCGGAUACAGAAUGGAUGCGGUAUUCCGACGAUACCUCGACAUCAUCCACCGACACGCGCUCGGCCAGGAACCUCCCACUCGAAAGCCGCUGUGGAUGCCCGGCGACGCAGAGGAGCCAGAAGUCGAGGCCGAGGUCGAGGCCGAAGAAGAAGGCCCGCCCAGGAAGAAGCAAAAGCAGACACCCGCGCCCGCCGCCAAGAAGCCCGCCGACAAAAAGGGCACCAAGCUGACCAACCCCAACCUAACCGCCAUGCAAGCCCACCUCUUCCACCUCCUGCGCCCGCUCGUCUCGCAACACCACAACGUCCGCGACGCCCUCGCCCGCUCGCGCACCGGCGACAUCGCCGCCUUCGAGCACGUCCUCGCGCUCACCGAAGCCGCCGUGAAAGAAGGCAUCAGCGCCUACGAAGCCGCCCACGCCACCGGCACCGCUCCUGCGCCGGCCCCCGCGCCCCCGCUCGAGAACCUCGACCCCUACGAGUCCUCCCUCGCCACCGUCGCGCGCUGCAAGCGGCCCUACUGGGUGUGCCAGGCGUACGUGCGGCCGCUGCCCAAAGAGGCGAUUGAGAAGGGCAGCAUGAGUCUCAGCAAGAAGGAGAAGCGGAGGCUGGAGAUGGAGGCCGAGGAGGCGAAGAAGGUGGGGCUUGCGCCGGGGGGACGGGUGCAGCAGGAGAGUGUGGUGGAUGGGGAAGUGAAGAGCAGCGAGCGUUUGGAGGAGAGUGAGCGCAGAGAUGGGAAGAGUGAAGGCGUGGUUGAGGAGCCGAAGGAGGGGGUUGUGUGUGGGUAGUGGGAAGUGUGAGAGUUGAGAUAUACCCAAUUUAGAUUUCAUAUGCAGUCCAGCAGAGCGCGGAGUGUGGUGCUGACUGUGGUCUACCGUCCGACCGGCCACUCGACACUGUGUAGGAUCCAAACCAUGUUUAUUAUGGCCAUUGAGCCUCCGGAUACUACUAAAUAACUUCUUGUUAGCACACAGAUUCGAACAAGAAAGCGCACUACUAGUCGAACGUGCAUGGC